AAAUAACCACCAAAGCUAACUUCCAACUCACUUGCAAGUUGCAAUACAAGAAUAGCUUCAAACUCUAGAGAGAGGAACCAUAUAGAGAGAGAAGGAAGAUGGGGCAAGACCAUGGAACAACACGAAAAGGUCCAUGGACGGAACACGAAGAUUUCCAAUUGGUAUUUCAUGUUCACAUGUUCGGAGACCGCCGUUGGGACUUCAUUGCCAGUGUUUCAGGUUUGAAAAGAACCGGAAAAAGUUGCAGGUUGAGAUGGGUUAAUUAUCUGAAUCCAGGUCUCAAAAGAGGGAAGCUGGCUCCUCAUGAAGAACGGCUUGUUCUUGAACUUCAUUCAAAAUUUGGCAACAGGUGGUCUAAGAUUGCACGAAAAUUACCAGGACGAACAGAUAAUGAGAUCAAGAACUACUGGCGAACUCAUAUGAGGAAAAAAGCUCAAGAAAAGAAAAGGAUAACAUCACGAUCGCAAUCAUCCCCGUCUCUCUCGCACUGCUCUUCCUCUUCAUCAGCAUGCACCAGCCAGCCUACCUUCGGUUCGAUGCCAGUGACCGAGACGAAAGAAAGAAGCUUCUACGACACCGGGGGAGUUGAUAUGUUAACCGUCAUGGAACGCAAAAACAAUAACAAAAUUAGCAAUAAAAGUGAGGGACAAGAAGGGUAUUACUCCAUGGAUGAAAUAUGGAAAGAUAUAGAUAUAUCAGAUGAUAAUAGUAUAAAGCCAUUUUUGGACCCUUACAGUGAAAGGGCACCACUGACAUGGGACAUCUGUAUGAGCACUUCAUGGAUGACGGAUGGUCAAGAAGAGUUCACUAACAACACGUUUCAUCUACCAACCCAACAAUUAAGUUCAGGAUUAGUUGACUAAUUGUGUUAUUUGAUUUAUUAAUUUGGUGUUGAUAUAUGCAGUAAAUUCCACUAAAGCACUCUUUAGACUUAGAUCAAGGUCAAAUCUUUAUCUCAAAGCUAAAAUGAUUAAGGAAGAACAAGAAAUAAAGUAUGUGUAAAUUAAGUGUUUGUUUUUUUCAUAAAUAUAUGUUGCAAGUUUGUAAGUCUCCUUUGUAUAACUUCUACUGUAAUAAAAGAAUUAUGUCCAUCUCA